UAAUAAGGAUCGGGGGGACCAAACUUUAGAUGCGAAGCAAGACCUACAGUUUGUCGCCAAUUUAAUUAUCUAUUUAAAUAAGUAUUGCCUCUCCCGCCAAGCUCAACCAUCUGCAUCCCAAAAUAAUUUCGCCGUCUCAAUUCAAAGUCCACGAUGACUUCCUUGUACAAACAGUCUGUCCCCGUCUUCGUCAAGUACCUCCGUGGGCUAUCUGGUCUUUUGGAGAAGGGCGAGAAGUUUGCCAACGAGAAAGGAAUGAAGCAUGACGAAAUGUUGAAUUUCCGGCUGGUUCCCGAUAUGAGAGGCAUACCAUUCCAGGUCCAGUCAUGCUCCAACACGGCCAAGUUUGCAGCUGUGCGCGUUGGUGGCCUUGCGGAUGUUACUCUGGAGGACAACGAAACCACCUUUGCCGAACUGCAGGCCCGCAUCGCCAGGACCAUUGAGAUCCUCGAGAGCGCGGACCCGCACUCGAUGGAUGGCAUGGAGGACAAGGAAGUCAUCAUGGAGACCAAGAUGGGCAAUUUCCGCUUCACCGGCCAGCGCUACGUAUCCGAGUACGCAAUUCCCAAUUUCCAUUUCCACCUGACGUCGGCAUACUGCAUCCUCCGACACCUGGGUGUGCCCGUCGGGGCCUUUGACUACCUCAAAGACGUCUUUGAGAAGGUCUAAAUGAUUCUGCCCAUUGGCUUCGGGCAGCGGCAGUGCUGGAUGAGGUGCUUCUGCAAUUCAAGGGCAGGAAACACGGCGGCGGAGGAGGAGUGGGUGGCACAUUGCGCUGCCGUGGAACUGGGGACAGGCGGGCUUUUUCGGCUUCCAAAAUGAUCUAGCUACGCGCUGUACAACCCUCAAUGAGCGCCGACUAAGCAUAUAAUACCUGCAUAAAACUCAAUCUGAACCUGAAAUGAGCAUCUCUUUCAUCCCCUUGCCGCAUCUCUUCAUUCAAGCUUGUCCUUGAUGAGUC